AUGGUUGGAUUCCUGUAUGGCAUUGAGUCAAAAACUUUGGUAACUGAGAACGAGAUGCAAGAUGAAUCUGAAGAUAGUAUUGCUGCUGAUAUUGAGAAGAUGCCAGCUGAAGGUUUUGAAGAAACUGAGAAACAGUUACAACAGGCACCAUUGGAUGAGGAAGAAGAACCUUCAGAAGAAGCAAAACAAGAGGAUGAAGAUCAUAUUGAAGAAAUGAUCAGUCUCUCCGGACCAAAUAGUGCUAGUGGUGAAAUAUGUACAAGAUGGGGCAAGCUUCAUUGCAGGACUGGAGCUCAAUUGAUAUACUCUGGAUUGGUUGGUGGUGGUCAUUAUUACAAUCAGAAAGGUAAUAUUGGAAGAUAUCUUUGCCUUCCAAAGUAUCUCCAGUACCUAAGCACUGAGGCACCUUUUGCUGCUUCAUACAUAUAUGGAGCUGAAUAUGAAAUAGGCAACAAGGUCUUUGGUAAAACAACACAAGAUUAUAACGUCCCGUGUGCUGUUUGUCUUUCUCCAAAAAAAGGAACCAAACUUGUCAUCCCUGCCUGUGUUUCAUGCCCAUCAGGCUGGACAGAAGAAUACUACGGCUACUACAUGUCAAGUUAUCAUGGACACAAUCUUAAUGUUAAUCCUGAAUGUGUUGAUCAUGUUCCUGAUGUCAUCAAUGGCAGUGAGGCUAACACAAAUGGUGUAUUGUUUUAUUUCAUGCAAGUCACCUGUGGAAGUGGUCUACCUUGUGGUCCAUACAUCACUGACAGAGCCAUCACUUGUGUUGUAUGCACAAAAUGA